AUGAAAGGUCGAUUGUACGAUUUGUUAAGUGGAAAAAGUGUUGAAGGGAAGGAUAUCACCAAAGACACACAUGUCGAUGGUGACAUACCUGUAUUUGUCGCUGCACCGAUGGUGCGAUAUUCGAAGUUGCCAUUUCGAAUGUUAGUUCGAUUGUAUGCAGUGGAUGUUGCAUUCACACCCAUGAUCUAUGCGAAACAUUUUAUUGCCUCGGAACAAUGUCGAUCUGCCGAAUUCAGUACUUGUCCAGGUGACAAUCCAACUAUUGUGCAGUUUGCUACCAAUAAUCCAGAGGAGUUUUUCACAGCAGCGAUGUUUAUAAGCAGGUAUUCUCGGGGUAUUGAUCUGAACUGCGGUUGCCCACAACGAGAUGUUAUGAAAGAAGGAUAUGGUUCAAGUUUAUUAGUAGAUCCCGAACGAAUCGCUGAUAUCGUUGCAACUGCACGUCGACGGAUUUCAAAACCAGAUUUCACUGUCUCUAUCAAAAUUCGACUAAAAACAAAUCGCCAGUUGACUUUAGAAACUUGUCGUCAAGCAGAAAAAGCCGGUGUUUCAUUUAUAACAGUGCACGGGCGCACACCUGAACAACGAUCGGAACCUGCAGAUUAUGAAAUGAUCAAGUUGAUCAAAUCAAGUCUAUCAAUCCCAGUAAUUGCUAAUGGAAAUAUCAAAAGCUAUGAACAAGCACUACAAGUUGUAAAAUAUACGGGAGUUGAUGGUGUAAUGUCGGCAAAUGGUUUGUUAGAAAACCCAGCUAUGUUCGCUGGUUACACUUCUACUCCGAAGCAAUGUGUUGCGGAUUGGGUGCGUUUGGCAACAGAAUAUGGUUGCCCAUUUGAUUUGUUUCAUCAACAGUUGAUGUUCAUGCUUCGAUCUUCGUUUACCAGUAGACAAAGAAUAGUGUUCAAUGGACUGAGUAGUCAUCCGGCUGUUUUUGAUUACCUCACUCGUAAUAUCUUCAGAAAUGGUAUUUUUAAGGGACUUGAUAAUCCUUAUUUAAACUGAAUGCAAAAGUAUAUACUUUUAUAACAACGCAAAAAAAUGUUUUAUGUCCUUGUUGUCGUAUGAGUAGGAUCUCCAAUCUUUAAUUGCAAUUUUUUGUCGGUU